ACGUCGCUACGUCUCUACGUCACUCUCCUGUCCAGCCCUUCUGUGUGCGUGCACAGCUUCAGCCCAGAGUCACAGUCAUCAUGGCGUCCUUAUCAAUGGCCCCGGUCAACAUCUUCAAACAUGGAGCUGAUGAAGAGAAAGCUGAGACUGCACGACUGUCGUCUUUUGUGGGUGCCAUUGCCAUUGGAGAUCUGGUGAAGAGUACAUUGGGUCCAAAAGGCAUGGAUAAAAUCUUGCUGGGUGGAGGAAAAGGCGGCACAGUGACUGUUACCAACGACGGAGCAACCAUCCUGAAAGCCAUUGGAGUCGAUAACCCAGCUGCCAAAGUUCUGGUUGACAUGUCCAAGGUCCAGGAUGAUGAAGUUGGCGAUGGGACAACCUCCGUCACAGUGCUGGCUGCAGAGCUGCUGAGGGAAGCAGAGCUUCUGAUUGCCAAGAAGAUUCACCCACAGACCAUCAUCUCUGGGUGGAGGAAGGCAACCCAGACAGCCAGAGAGGCUCUGAGGGAGGCAGCGGUGGACCACAGCAAUGACCCAACUCGUUUCCAGGAGGACCUCCUCAACAUUGCCCGGACCACACUGUCCUCCAAACUGCUGACUCACCACAAAGACCACUUCGCCCAGCUGGCUGUAAAUGCCGUAAUGAGACUGAAAGGCUCAGGAAACCUGGAGGCCAUCCACGUCAUUAAGAAGCUGGGGGGAAGUCUCACCGACUCAUACCUGGAUGAAGGUUUCCUGUUGGACAAGAAGAUUGGAGUGAACCAACCUAAGAGGCUGGAGAACGUCAAGAUCCUGAUCGCCAACACUGGCAUGGACACAGACAAGAUUAAGAUCUUUGGCUCCAGGGUUCGUGUCGACUCCACAGCGAAGGUUGCAGAGAUUGAACUUGCUGAGAAAGAGAAGAUGAAGGAGAAGGUCGACAGGAUCCUGAAACAUGGGAUUAACUGCUUUAUCAACAGACAGUUGAUCUACAACUAUCCAGAACAGCUGUUUGCUCAGGCCGGCGUCAUGGCCAUCGAACACGCAGACUUUGCUGGUGUGGAGCGUCUCGCAUUGGUCACUGGUGGUGAGAUCACAUCCACCUUCGACCAUCCCGAGAUGGUGAAGCUCGGUCACUGCAAACUGAUUGAGGAGGUGAUGAUCGGAGAGGACACACUUAUCCACUUCUCUGGAGUCGCCAUGGGUGAGGCGUGCACUGUUGUCCUACGAGGAGCAACUCAGCAGAUUUUGGAUGAGGCAGAGCGUUCACUGCAUGACGCUCUGUGUGUAUUAGCACAGACUGUGAAGGAGCCACGCACUGUGUAUGGAGGAGGCUGCUCCGAGAUGCUGAUGGCGAAGGUGGUGACUGAUCUGGCCAAUAGAACACCAGGAAAGGAGGCAGUUGCCAUGGAGUCAUUCGCCAAAGCUCUGAGGAUGCUUCCAACCAUCAUUGCAGACAACGCCGGUUACGAUAGCGCUGAUCUCGUGGCUCAGCUGAGAGCCGCACAUCAGGAGAACAAGACCACUUUUGGACUGAACAUGUCUGAGGGCACAGUGGGCAACAUGGCAGAGCUGGGCAUCACAGAGUCGUUCCAGGUGAAGCGUCAGGUGCUGCUGAGCGCAUCUGAGGCCGCAGAGAUGAUCCUGAGAGUUGACAACAUUAUCAAAGCAGCACCCAGGAAGAGAGUUCCUGACCAUCACCCCUGCUAGAGGAAGAGGAUCAGUGUUGUUAUUUAUCACGUCUGUGUCGCUCAAAAUAAAGAAAAACUCCGUUUUUUUUUCCAUGUUGUUCUCCCAUUCUGGAAGCACUGCACAGGCUAGCUAGCUAACACUAGUUAACCAUUAGACACAGCUAACCUGUGGCUCUACUAAUGCUAGCACCUGGAAAUAGACAGAGACAGCAGAAACAGUAUCUUACUGUGAAACUGACUUAAAAUGUUCCACUAACAUUAGCUGAGUUCACAAGACAUGCUGGAGUCUGGUUAAGCUAAUGUUAGCCAGUUAGCGGCCAUGUUGCUGAGAAACAAAGUUUGGACGUUGCCUGUUUUGUUUACUGAAAAUAAUAAAUGAAUCCUCAUCAGUAAA